ACCAAAAUUGUGCAUCUCCGGCUAGAGAAUUAUCCCUCGGAACUUCAAUUAUCACUUGACCUUCGGCAAUAAACCUCAUUUGAAAACCACCCAUAAAUAAGAUAUCGGGCUGGGUUGGUUUUCAAGAAAAGGCAAUUCUGACCUGGGGUUGCCUCCCAACCACGAGCAAUCAUCGGCUCGCACGUCCUCUGCCAGAUCAACUACCAUCCCUCCUCCGUCUUUCACAGCCCACCAUGUCCGCGAUCCUCUCCGCCGACGAUCUCAACGACUUCAUUUCCCCUGGCGUAGCCUGCAUAAAGCCGGUCGAGACCCUACCGCCGACCCAGCCGCCACCAUUUUCCUCCUCCGACCACCCCCUCGAAUUCGAAGUCAUCCUUGACGGCCAGCAACCGAGCACCGCAAACGGGGCCGCGCCGCCCGCCCAGAUUUCCCUCACCGAUUGCCUCGCUUGCUCCGGCUGCGUAACCUCGGCUGAGGCGGUGCUCGUCAGCCUGCAGAGCCACAACGAGGUGCUGAGCGUGCUGGACGGGGCACCGGGGCUGCGGAUACAACGUACCGAUCAUGGCGCCGCGGGGUUCACCGUCUCCGGGCUGGAGGACCCGGCCGCCAAGUUGUUCGUCGCGAGCGUCUCACCACAAACACGCGCCAGUUUGGCCGCUGCCGCGGGCGGCGGCGUCACGGAGCAGCAGGCCGGGUGGAUGAUUGAGCAGUUGUUCAUGGGCAAGGGCGGGUUGGCCCUGGGAGGCAAGUACAUGAACGAGUUUACCUGGGUUGUGGAUACCAACACGGCGAGGGAGGCGUGUCUUGUGUUGGGCUCAGACGAGGUUUUGGGGGGUGGCGGCAGAAGGCAGGGGUUGGGCGAUAAUAACACCAAGCCUGCGGCGCCGCCUAUCCUCACGUCGUCUUGCCCCGGGUGGGUAUGUUACGCAGAGAAGACACACCCGUACGUCCUGCCGCAUCUGUCGCGAGUCAAGUCGCCGCAGGCCUUGAUGGGCACGCUGCUCAAGACUACACUUAGCCGGGUGUUGGGGCUUUCGCCGGACAGGAUUUGGCAUCUGGCGGUUAUGCCGUGUUUCGACAAGAAGCUGGAGGCGAGCCGGGAAGAACUGACGGAUGCCGUUUGGGCGGGCGAGUGCAAACCCGGUAGGGGUAUUCGGGAUGUGGAUUGUGUCAUUACAAGCAAAGAAAUCCUCAUGCUGGCUGCGUCGAGAGGGAUAGACUUCUUCAGCCUGCCUAAGUCUUCGCCCCGGCAGCAGCUCGAUUUCCCCGAUCCCGUCCUCCAAAGCUUCUUGUUUCCGAAGCAUCGGCGAAAGCAACAGCGGGAUGCGGGCACAUCCGGCGGAAACCUGCACUUCAUCCUCCAGGACGUCCAAGCAAGGAAUAUCGGGUCACAGAUCCAGAUGUUGCGCGGCAGAAACGCCGAUGUAGUCGAGUACUCCGUCGUCACUCCUUUUGGGGAGACUGUUUUCAAGGCGGCGCGCUAUUAUGGUUUUCGCAACAUCCAGAACCUCGUUCGAAAGCUGAAGCCGGCGAAGGCAUCCCGCAUGCCGGGAGGGAAACCAUUUGGUAGCGCACGGCGGGCCACUGGCAAAUCCGCCGGUCUGGAGCUUGCCUAUGUCGAGGUCAUGGCAUGCCCUGGAGGGUGCACCAACGGCGGCGGUCAAAUCAAGGUCGACGACCAAAUCAUUGUCGACCGCAAGGGCUUCGGCGAGAAGCCAGGCCCGGACGAGCAGAAGGCCUGGCUAGCAGAGAUCGAUGAGGCUUACUUUUCCGGCGAGGAGCCGGAUUCUGUGCACGGUGCAGUUGCUAACACCAAGGAUAGCAGUGCGAUGGGGGUUGUUGCUGGAAUUUCUCCUUCGCAUAUUCGAGAUACCCUGGCGCAUUGGUCGGAUAUAACGGGCAUACAGUUAGAAAGAUUGGUGUACACGAGUUACCGCGAGGUGGUCAGCGACGUGGGCAAGCAGAUCAGUGACACCGAAAGGGUGGUACAGCUGGCUGGCAAGAUUGGCGGCGGAUGGUAGCUGCAUCGGCACAUGUGUCGUAGGACCUGAAUAAAUCAGUCAACCAUGUUCGCCUCCUCGCCGGGCAAAGCCGAAACCUCCUUUUCCACUACCGUCUGGCCCUCUCGGUGUUCGAAUGAUAUGAUCUUCCUCGCGCGGAAUGCCUGAUCGGUUUCCAGAUUGGCCAGCGGAAUCCCCACGCUUUUGGAGACUGAAUCCUGGUUUCGGCGAGUAUCCCGGGUCAAAUAGCUCUCUCGUGCUGCUGGAUUGCUGGGUGUUCGGCUGCCUCCUCUCCUGUCGCCCAUUUUCCUGAUCACGGCCCCGUCCGGCCCGUCCACGGCCUCGCCCCCUGUGAGUUUGCCGGCUAUCAGCUCCCGAGGGCGGAGUGCCGGUGCGGGGAGUCGACUGGC